UCUUGUAAGUUAAACUUUCAUUUAUAAACUAUACCGACUAUAUACAAGGAUUUAUUCGAUGGGUGGUGGAUAAGUUUCCAGGAGUACAAAUAUUAGAUUUUACAUCAUAUUAAGAGUAAAAGAAUGAAUUUAUUCUUAAUUAUUUAAUAGUUUUUCAAUUAAAUAAUUAAUAAUGUUGACCAGACAAAUGGAAUCAGAAGUUGAGAAAACUCUUAAACCUGAACAAACUAAAGAUGAUAUUAAUAUGCCAGCAGUUACAGCUAAAUUAGAGAUGUUGACAGUAAAUACUAAUAAUACCAAUAAUACUAAUAAUAUUAAUAAUGCAGAAUCAAUCUCAGAGACCAGAAGUCGUAAAAUUCUUAGAAAAAAAGUGUCAAAGAUUGGUUACUCAGACUCUUCAAACAGAAGAUGCAGUCUCAGGCCAAAGAAAAGAAGUUUAGAAGAUAUGGAAUCGGAUGAAAAUAUUAUGGAGUACUAUUUAGAUAAAAAUCCGAAGUACAAGGUAAAUAAUUUAGAAACAAUUUUUGAAGAGACAGGAAAUGCAAAUGAAAAUUUUUCGUAUAUGAGUGCGAAAAAAUACAAAAGGAUGAUUAAGUUUCAACAACAGCCUACUGAUACUAAAUUGAAAAAGAGAAAAACUAAAGUUAAAAGAGUAUUUGGAUCCAAGAUUAGCUAUAGGCGAAAACGUGGAUCUAUAGAUGUAUUACUUGAUAAGUUAAAUUAUAUUAGAUGUAACUCACCAACAAAUUCUGGAAGCGAAACAAAAUAGCUAUUAUAUUAUAAAUAUUUAGUAGUAACUAUUUGAUUAUACUAUUUUUAUAAAAAUUAAGAAUACGUAAGCUUUUAUGUUUUAAUGGUUUCAAUACCUCAGAACACGUUAGCACUAUUCAUAUUUCAUGGUGAAAAGUGCCAAAACAUUGGAUAUAUAUUAAAACAAAGUAUUAUUGCAUAGCUUUGUUACUUUCUACAAAUUUGGAGUUUAUAUUCUAAUGAAUAGUUAAAACAAUCGGAAAAAAUGCUUAAUAUAUGUAAUGGUGAUUGUAUAAUCUCAAAAUUACUAAAUACCUUAUAAUACUGAUUGACAUACUGUGUCUUGUGGUUCUCUAUAUGACAUUUUAUAUAUCAAUGGUAGUACUAUAUAAGCAUGUAUUUAAAUCGAUAUGAUAAUAUCAACUCACUUGGUUGUUUAUACGCUUAAAAUGAUCAAUAUAACAAAGUUGACCACAA